UGAGAAAAAAACGCCAGAUUAUUAGAAAACAACCCCCUUUUUGCCCAUUUUAGGCCAAAAUUGUCCCCGUUCAGCAAGGCAGAGACCGACCACCACGGAAAUCGCGUGGGAGCAUCGACGCUGACCACUUGCCAACGAGAGCGGAAGUCGCAGAAAAAAAAAUCGAUUCCUUUUCAUAAGUUAGUUGUGCGUCGCCACUUGAGAAGAGGAGAAAAUGGCCAACGUCGAACCACUGACACUCGCCAAAGAUGUGAAGCGAUCCAUCGAACUGCUGGAGAAGCUGCAGAUGAGCGGGGAAGUUCCGGCCACGAAGCUGGCCGCCCUCCAGAAGGUGCUUCAAAGUGACUUUCUGAACGCGGUCCGCGAGGUGUACGAACACGUCUACGAAACGGUCGAUAUCCAGGGUUCGUUGGAUGUGCGCGCAUCGGCCACGGCCAAGGCCACAAUUGCGGCGUUUGCGGCCAGCGAGGGACAUGCCCACCCGCGGGUCGUCGAGUUGCCCAAAACGGACGAAGGUCUCGGCUUCAACGUGAUGGGCGGCAAGGAGCAGAACUCGCCCAUCUACAUCUCGCGCAUUAUCCCGGGGGGCGUUGCCGAUCGGCACGGUGGCCUCAAGCGGGGCGACCAGCUGCUUUCCGUGAACGGCGUCUCGGUCGAGGGCGAGAACCACGAGAAGGCCGUCGAGCUGCUGAAGCAAGCCAUCGGCUCGGUUAAGCUGGUCGUCCGGUACACGCCCAAGGUGCUGGAGGAGAUGGAACUGCGCUUCGACAAGCAGCGGGCGGCCAGAAGGCGCCAGCAGUACUAAGAUCGCCCGCGUGGCGUGUUUUGCCAUAUUUAAAUGAAUGUUCUCUAUAUCGAUCGAAAAUUUGUGUGUACUGUUUAGCUAAUGUUGUAUUGCGGGAAGCGCAGAAAAGUGGGAUUUCUCAUAUUUUCAUCAAUAUUCACCGAUAUAUUUUAAGUUUUAUUUUUUAAGGCAGAUUUAAUUUGAGUACUCAGAUUUGUGUAUUCUGCCCCGAUUUAUGUUUACUUUAAGCAAAGCCUUCAAUUAGAUUCUGAAUAUUUACACUCUGCGUUACACCGGAAAAUCAUGAACCAAAAACAAAUAAAUCUCGUUACUGUGUGUGUGGUAAA